AUGUGCCACCCGCUCUUCAAGCUGCUGCUGCCCCACACCCGCUACACGCUGCACAUCAACGUCGUGGGCAGGACCCUGCUACUCAGACGCGGAGGGAUCAUUGAAAGGGCCAUGGGCUCAGGGCUUGAGGGGACCAAGGUGCUGAUGGCCAAGGGCAUGUCCUGCCUGACCUAUUCCUCCCUCUGCUUCCCUGAUGACAUCCAAGAGCGUGGGGUUGACUGCAUUCCCAAUUACUACUACAGAGAUGAUGGGUUGAAGAUCUGGUCGGCCAUUGAGAGCAUAGGCUUCCCCUCGUCCCUUCAGAGCAUUCCCGAGCUCAUCAAGUACCUGACCAUGUGGAUCUACUGCUGCUCGGCCCGGCACGCCGCCCUCAACAACGGGCAGUACGAGCUUGGAGCUUGGAUGCCCAACUUCCCGGCCACCAUGAGGAACCCCCCGCCCCAGGCCAAGGGCACCAUCUCUCUGGAGAGCUACCUGGACACCAUCCCGGAAGUCAACAGCACCAGCACCAUCCUCUUCACCCUCUGGGUCAUCUGCUGUGAGCCGGGGGACUCGAGAUCCCUGGGCACGUAUCCCGACGAGCACUUCACGGAGGAGGAGCCCAAGCGGCUGAUCGCAGCCUUCCAGGGGCGCCUGGCCCAGAUCUCCCAGGAGAUCCAAGAGAGGAACAAAUCCCUGCCCAUCCCCUACCGCUACCUGGAUCCCCACCAAAUUGAGAACAGCACGUCCAUCUGAGCCCGACC